AUGGUGAUAUGCUUCGCAAACCAGGUUGCAGCAAAACUCCAGGCAGUGUUACGUGCCAAUCCCAAAAAAGCUCGACCAUCAUGCCGGAAAGAACGGAAGGAAGCUGCUGCAAAGGCAACAAAGAACGAGAUACAAAUCAAGACCGAACAAAUGCCUACUUCGGCUGCUUUGCGCCUGGCUCCAGAUAGGGAGGUCUGGGAAGUCAGUGACGACUCAGACGUAGAGGUCUUGGUCGUGGAGCGACUGCGUCCGAUGGCUUCUUCAGAGCUGGCCGAGCCAGAGGAUGUCUUCUCCUACGUCGACAAGAUAUCUCAGGACUUUGACAUGUUCAAGAAAUAUGUUGAAGGAAUCGAGCAGCAGAAUGCUGCUGCUGCUGGCCUCGUGGACCGUAUGAAGCAACAUGAGUUGUUCCCAAGGUUCUGUGAGGAGGUUGGUGCCGAAGCGGGGCUUUGGGGCCAGGACCAGGAGCAAGCGGCUACAGAGCUGUCCCUGUUCGAGGAGUCGCUUGCUGAGAAGGAGCAAAGCAUCGUGAAUGCUGCCCUGGUUAAUGGGGCCUCGGCUGAAAACCAGGUAGCCAAGGCUUUGGACGAGGCAGCGAAUGCAGAGACGCAGCUGGAGUAUGAUGUGGCGGCCUCUCAGCUUGCAGUGCGAUUGGAUUUUAUCAUGUGCUUGGUGUUUCUUGAUGUUGCUGUUUUCAUUUGUUGCAAGCCACAUGCUGUCAGCUAUCAGGAUGAAGCCUUGAAUGAGGAUGUGCCCCGGCCGGAUUUCAUUUGUUGCAAGCCACAUGCUGUCAGCUAUCAGGAUGAAGCCUUGAAUGAGGAUGUGCCCCGGCCGGACGACCUGGAUGGAGAAAGCUUGGGAGAAGAAGAGCCGCCUGAGGCUCCUGUUUCCAGGGUUUUGGAUGAGGAGUUGAAGCGUGUGGCCACUCCGGCUGAAAGCUCUGUGUUGCCUGCUGCACGCUCUGCGGGUAUGGAUGCGAUAUUGCAAGAGCAGCGGCGUAGAAAUGAUGAGCGUGUACGCUUGGUCGCGGAAUCGGCUGCUGUGCGUGAUUUUCGUGCUGGGAAGGUGGCUGGGGAAAGCUACAAGUACCCGAUGAAGGUCAUCAGCGAAGGCAUGCUAGCUGAAGUUGAUGCGAUGAAUAACGAAGCCGAGCCACCCCGCUAUGGUGAUCAGCAGUGUAUCCGCAGAGGUCGCAAAAAGGCAGCUGAAGACGAUGAAGAUGAUGAUGACAAGCCUCUGAAUGUGAUGAAUGCAGAUGAAGUGAUGUUGCAGAUGGAGGAGCACUGCAGACGUGAGAGUGUUGAAGCAAAGCUCACAACCACAAGAAGCAAGAAAAAGAAGGAGGAGGUGGAAAAGGAAGCAAGUGAUGAGGAAAAUUAUGAAGACUAUGAGGCAGAGGAGGAGGACGACGAAGAGGAGGUGACAAAGGAUGAAGAGGAUAAGCCAAAGGUGGUUACUGGCAGGAGCAAAGCCAAGAAAGCGCCAGAGGAAGAGGAGGAGGAGGAUGUGCCCAAGCGGGGCAGAGGCACAGGCAAAGCCAAGAAAGCGAAGGACGAUGAAGAGGAUGUGCCCAAGCGAGCCAAAGCCAAGAAGAAGGAUGAUGAGGAGGAGGAGGUGCCUAGGUGGGGCAAAGGCAAGAAAGCGAAGGAUGAAGAUGAUGUGCCUAAGCGGGGCAAAGGCAAGAAAGAGGAGGAUGAAGUGGAUGUGCCUAAGCGGGGCAAAAACAAGAAACAGGAGGAUGAAGUGGAUGUGCCUAAGCGGGGCAAAAACAAGAAACAGGAGGAUGAAGAGGAUGUGCCUAAGCGGGGCAAAGCCAAGAAAGUGGAGGAUGAGGAGGAGGACGUGCCCAAGCGGGGCAAAGGCAAGAAAAAGGAGGAUGAAGAGGAAGAGGAUGUGCCCAAGCGGGGCAAAGGCAAGAAAAAGGAGGAUGAAGAGGAAGAGGAUGUGCCUAAGUGGGGCAAAGGCAAGAAAGUGAAGGAUGAUAAGGAGGAGGUGCCGAAGAGGGGCAAAGCCAAAAGAGGAACAGAGGAUGAAGAGGAAGUGCCAAAGGAGGGCAAAGGCAGGGGCAAAGCCAAGAGAGCGAAGCAGGAUGAAGAGGAUGUGCCAAAAGUGAGCAAAGGCAGGGGCAAAGCCGAGAAAGGAGCAGAGGAAGAUGAAGAGGAUGUGCCAAAGGUGAGCAAGGGCAGGGGCAAAGCCAAGAAAGGAGCAGAGGAAGAUGAAGAGGAUGGGUCAAAGGUGAGCAAAAGCAGAGGCAAAGCCAAGAAAAGGGAGGAAGAUGAGGAGCCAAAGGGAAGGGUGUCCUGGGAGGAGGGUGCAAUGCUGAUCGAGGAUGAAGAAGACGAGCCAGAAGAGGGAUCGGAGAUGAUGUGGGACUGGGACGAAGAGGAUAAAGCCGAUGAUGAAGAUGAUGUGGGAGGCAAAGGCAAGAAAGAGGAGGAUGAAGAGGAAGAGGAUGUGCCCAAGCGGGGCAAAGGCAAGAAAGUGAAGGAUGAUAAGGAGGAGGUGCCCAAGCGGGGCAAAGCCAAGAAAGCGGAGGAUGAGGAAGAUGUGCCUAAGCGGGGCAAAGCCAAGAAAGUGGAGGAUGAGGAGGAGGACGUGCCCAAGCGGGGCAAAGGCAAGAAAAAGGAGGAUGAAGUGGAUGUGCCUAAGCGGGGCAAGAACAAGAAACAGGAGGAUGAAGAGGAGAUGCCUAAAAGUGGUAAAGCCAAGAGAGGAACAGAGGAUGAAGAGGAGGUGACAAAGGAGUGCAAAGGCAGGGGCAAAGCCAGGAAAACGAAGCAGGAUGAAGAGGAUGUGCCAAAGGGGAGCAAAGGCAGGGGCAAAGCCAAGAAAGGGGCAGAGGAAGAUGAAGAGGAUGUGUCAAAGGCGAGCAAUGGUAAGCGCAAGCCGAUGAAAGCUGUAAAGGGGAUCGAGGAGGAAAGGCCAGGCAAGAAAGCAAAGAACAAAGAUGAUGAUGAAAAGUGUGUCAAGGAGAUUGGUCUUAUCGUUCCCCCGGACCAUGUGCAAUCCAAUCAUAUCUACAGCAAUGCCUAUCGCUACAGCCUGGCACUCGGCCACGAUUUGGAGGAGGCUCGCAACAGGGCACGCACUGCUGCAGAUGAGUUCCGCCGCAGCGGUCGUGUGCCGGUGGAUUAUGUGAACGGGUUCCGGGGGGCCUUCAUCAUCGAGAGUGAUUCUGAGACCAUCGAAGAAGAUGUUGAUGUGGAUAUGGCCGCAAUUUCUCCACUGACAAAGCAGUUUGCAGCUGUGGACAUGUUCUGUGGUGAAGCUGCAAUCGGAAAGAGUUUUCGACGUGCCGGGCUUCCCACCUUGGCCCUGGAUGUUGCACGCGAUGUGAGGGAUGUUCGAAAGAAGUUCAUGCUCCACGGCCUCGUGUGCCCCAACAGGCGUGGCUUGAUCGAUUUCGGUCAGGAUCGCUGGGAGGAUGCCAAGCAGCCAGCUGACACCAUGAGCAUCGCUUCUGAAGACAUGUCUACGCCCGGGCAGCUUUCUGAGGAGCUACGAGUGCCCCUGAAACAGAAAGUCGACAAGUUUUUCAACACGUGGCCCGGAGCUACCGUGAAGCCUGAAGGCCUCCACGUCGACGUCCUUGUGCUCGGAAACAUCUGCAGCUUCGGUAUCGACCACGGCCACGCCAAGGAAUUUCUUGCAAGGCGAACGAAAGCCAAAACCAACGGAGUGCCGGUGGUUCAUGGCCAAGGCGCUGACCGAGGCUGGUUGCUGCCUGCUGUCCCCAAAGGCCCAGAGAACCCAUCGAAGCCAGCCAGCCGAGCCGUGUGCCUUUCGAUCCCAGUCAACCAAGCCGUGAACCCGUCGAGCCCAGUCAACCAUGGAGCCGUGAACCCAUCGGUCCCAGUCAACCAAGCCGUGAACCCAUCGGUCCCAGUCAACCAAGCCGUGAACCCGUCGGUCCCAGUCAACCAAGCCGUGAACCGGUCGGUCCCAAACAACUGUACCGUGAACUCUGCAGUCAAAGAAGCUCUUACUCCACCCAAAGCAGCUGCAGCUCCGGUUAUGAUGAUUGUGAACCCUUCGGUCCCUGUCAAGCAUGAGACGUUGGCUUUGGUCAGAUCUCCCCCGCCACGUGCUGCUGUCUCUGCUGUGGCAGAGCCAAAGUCUGUGCCCCUGGUGAAAACCUGUGCAGUUCCGCCACCAGUUGCAUGCACCGCAGCUGUGGCCACCCUCCAGGCCCCUGUUGCGGUGAAAAUGCCAGCUUUGCCCCCUGCAGCAAGUGCAGCCAAGUCCACUGCAGAACCCCCGAAGGCUUUGAAUGAUCCAUGCAAGAAAGCGAAGAUGGCGCCACCGCCCUGCAAUCCACCGAAAAAGGCUGCUGCACCCUCGAAUCCCCCAGGGAAAGCUGCUGCCCUUUCCGAUGGCAAUGUGACUGCUUUGGUUUACGACGAGCAAAGUGUGAUGAAGAGUGUGGGUAAGCUGCAUGUUCUGGACACAGAGAUGGCAAUCUUCCCGGAGACUUAUGAGGAGAGACAGUCCCUCUACGCCUGCUUCAAAAGGAAGCUGAAAAAGGGCGACGAGGUCCCGGAUGAGUUCGCAAACCUGUGGGUGCAGGCCUGCAGCAGCAACUCCCGUAGUGCCAAGACGGCUCUCUUCCAUAAAUGGUUGACUGCUGGCAAAGACUUCGGGCGGCUCACGAUCCAGCUCGAUCGAUCCCGAACAGAUGCAGCGCGAGGGUCACAAAGGAUGGGUUGGCGCACCCGGGCACAGCUGAUGCAUUUGCAUCAGAACGAGGUUCUGGUCGACAUGUCCUAUGUCAACGAGCAUGAAACACGCGCUGCAACACGGCUGGUUGGUGGUGCUUCUUUUCAGAACCUCGGGACGAAUACAAUGUAUGGGGCCUGCACUGCUCCGGCAAUUGCGGGGACAGGUGAUGUUGGCUGCCUUGGCAUGCCCGGAGGCUCCUCUUCUGACGUGGCCACCAAGGGUGGCGCCAAGGGGAAGGGGAAGGGGAAGGGGAAGGCCGUUCUUGCUCUCCACGCCAAUGGCCAGCCGAAGUUCGGGAAGAAGCCUAAGAAGCUGGAGGAUGUCAUGCCGGAGACCGCUGUGGACGCAGCGGAGUGGUGCACUACUAAGCUGAUCAAGGCAAUGGGAGAGGCAAAGACCUUGUCUGUGCGACUGGCUUGUGUGAAGCAUCAAGAGCAGCUUUGUACGCUGAUCCAGACGCACAGCUCGGAGCUAGAGACAUCCUAUGCCCAGCUUCAAGGAUUGAAAGCUGCACAGGUUCCGGAUUCGCAGCUUUAUGCUGCAUCGGAGCUUUGUCGCCAACGCUUGGCUCUCUUCUGGGAGGACAAGGCUAGUGGAAACCGAGUGUGCCCGAAGCCGAAGAAAGCCAAGAAGGAUGAUGAUGACGAGGACGCCCCGGUCAGUGAGGUACAAGAGUUGGCUGCGGGUGCAAUGUCAUGGUGUGCAUCUGCUGGUGGCAAAGCCAAGAAAGGAGACCUGGUUAUCUUUCCUGAUGUGCUUGCACGAGCCGUGUGGGAUUCUGGCAAAGAUGUGUUCGAGCACAUCUACUUUGGAAAGUUGGGAAGGACUGGGGCAGCUGAGUAUUGGGAGAAUGUACGUGCUCGGUGUGCAUGGUACCCACCAAACAUACCAGAAAGCUGCCAUUCGGGCCUCAUACCAGUUUCUCUAUAUGGAGACGAAGUACAUGCAUAUAGAAAUACAGACCCUGGGGCGGUUUCUGUUGUGGGAUGGUGUUCCGACCUCAGCUUCGGUGUCGAUGCCAUGCUUCAGUAUGGACUGAUCUGUGUAUAUUCGGAAUACUGUGAGUGUGAGACCACCUAUGGGGAAAUCAUGGAAGCAGUGCUUCCGAGAUUGAACUACCUUUGUGACCCGAAUGCUCUGCACCCCUGGAAAGAUGAGUUUCGGUUCGUGCUGUGUGGAGUACGAGGGGACCUUAAAUGGAUCAAUGACAAAUACAAGAUACAUAAUUAUCGGCUGAAUGACUUUUGCUCUCGAUGCUCCUGUGUGAAAACUGCCGACAAUGUGUAUGAAACCAUCACAGCCUUCGGCGACAAGGCACAGCAUGUGCCAGUGAAUAAUUCUGCAUUUUGCGAUGCAGCGUGCAUCGAAGAUUGGCCGUGGCCGAUGAGGUUUGGUGUGCACCUGGAACGCUUCUGCCACGACACGUGUCAUAGUCAGUUGCUGGGUAGUGGCAAAUGCCUCAAUGGGUCUGCUCUGACCUACCUUUGUGAGCAAGGAUUCUUCACGGGUGGACAAUUCGGCGCUGGUGUGUACGAUGUGGCGCUACAGGCUGCGCUUCGGAUUGCAUAUUCCGACUUCCAAUCAUGGUGCAAGGCCGCUGGCUUGAGAGUCAGCCAGCCCAGCCUGGCAUCAAAAGCAGUUGCCGGCAAAACGGUCACGUUUUGGCUUGCGUAUCGCUGUGUGGAAUACGCUGAAAGGGAUCAUUCUACGCCGCUAGACAGGCUAGUUGCUGUCUGUGUCUGGAGUUACGCAGAUCUGCUGCGCCAGUUCGACGAAUGCCCGCUGAUUUUAUCUGAAGUGCAAGCGAGAAAUAUGCGCAACACCGGACAGCGCCAUCUGGAGUCCUGGGCAAACCUGCGAUCUUUGAGUGGCUUAUUGCGUGCUGGCAAGGUUCCCAACCGCAAUCUUUGGAUGAUAUUGCCGAAAAUGCACCACCUGAAGCAUGCACUCGACGACAACCCACCGCACAUCGGUCAGCAGACGGACAUUGCAGCGGUAUCGUUGCAGACUCCGGUUUCGACUGAACGUUCUUGCCAAGCGGUUGCGGGGUGA